GUGUAUAGCAACGUUUUGAGCACGACAUUGUGUAUCAAUCCGCGCAUAGAUAAAUAGAGACGAUCUCUCUCAGUACUACCAAAAGAAGAAGAAUAAAUUGACAACAUCUAUCUAGUAAACAUAACUUGAAUCAAACCGGGAUAAAAUAUGUUCAGCGUUAUCUCCAAGUAAGUUCUAUACUGAUAAACUUGGAAGGAUUACACUGCUACUACGUCACCAAUUUGGCAACGGUUGAUUACUUCCCAAGUUCCUUGGUUACCUUCUACCCCACAGUGAACAAAGUACGGCUGGCGUUUUUUCUAGGUGCAUCGAGACCAGACCAAGGACAGCCUUAUUUUCAUUCAACAGUUUUUGUUCCAGGGGGAGUGCGGUCCAGGCAAACACUCAAAGAUGCGCGAGAUUAUGCACAUCCAGGUCGGCCAAUGUGGCAAUCAGAUUGGCUCAAAGGUAAGUGAGAUGGACAGUGUUUAUAAGAAUGGUUCACACUAGUUCGAGAAACUAGGUAUCGGCUUAUACUUAUGCAAGCCUUUUUCUAUCAUGAUUUAUUCGUCAUAUUAUAACACAUUUAAAUCACUUUGGCUCCCUCUAGUGUGUUUAAAAGCUUUUACUGAAUUAGAGAUUAUAAUGUUAUCCCAAGGCACGGAAACUAUUAUUGGCACGAUUAGCAUUGUAAAAAUAACAGAUCGAUACCAAUAGGCUUUUGUAAAAGCCUGGAUGGCAUUAAAUUGACGUGUUGUCAAAUGGUAGAAUGUAUUAAGGUUCUAAGAUUGUAACUAAAGCCCCUAGAAACAGCGUCUAUGACACUGCUUUAAACCCGUAAACAAAAUUUCAAGCAUGUCUAUCGACACUUUAUGCACCAAAAAGUAACGUUGACAUGUGUAGAGAUGACACUUCUGACAGAUGGUGUCGCAUGAAUCAUCCCUGCUUGUCAUUCUCUCACAGUCACCACCAAAGAAACGUCAAUACAGCAGAAACUGUUACAGUUGUGUUGUUUGCAACUGUCACAAAAAAAAUAUGAACCCACUUCACCUUGUCGGCCUGGUUGGUGAUGUUUCUUGUUUUCUUUAUUUAAAAAUAAAAAAAAAAACAUGGUUUGAACCGUUUCAGUUUUGGGAAGUUGUAUCAGACGAACACGGCAUUGACCCAACAGGAAACUAUCAUGGCGACUCGGACCUUCAGCUGGAACGCAUCAAUGUGUACUACAAUGAGGCCGCAGGUACGCUACAUGGCGACGUGUUACUGUUCAAUUUUAAUUGCUUAAAGAGAUCUAACGGAAACAGUUUCGGCUAAAACUUAUUUUUAAGGGGAACACAUUUUCUUAGACUUUGAAACUGAGUCACGAUAUCUUCGCGUAAUUGCCUUUCUUUCAAAAUGUGGUCAUCCGACCAUAAUUUGAGAUGACGAAAGCCUUUGCAUUUCUCGUCCCGCAACCACCACCCAUGAAUGCUAUGCCCCAAUAUGAAUGUCAUUCCCUAAUAUGAUUGCCAGCCAUGUCCCGAUAUGAUUGUCAUGCCCCAAUAUGAAUGCCAUGCCCCAAUAUGAUUGCUAUGCCACAAUAUAAUUGCCAUGCCCCAAUCUGAUUGCCAUGCCCCAAUAUGAUUGCCCUGUCCCAAUACGAUUGCCCUGCCUCAGAUUGAAUACCAUGCCCCAACAUGAAUGGCAUGCCCCAAUUUGAAUACCAUGCCCCAGACUGAAUGCCAUAUUUAUAUGUGAAAGUGAAAUAUAAGCAAAGAUUUGUUUAACAUUCUUAAAACGAUCUCUAAAACGUAUUAAAAGUAAAGAGAUGUUUAAAAUGGUGCUAAGUGAAAGCCUUACAUUGAAAUUGGAUAUUUACCCACCAAAAAAAUUAAUUUCAAGACAAAGAAACUUUCCAAGGUUUACGUACUAGAUAAUAUCUAGAGUCCAAGUAAGUUUAUUCUAACUUAUAGUACACACCUUUAAUCCCGGUACAUGUCUUAAGUCCAAAAAAUUAGUUCUAAGUUUUAUUACACAUCUUAAAUCCUGGCACAUGUCUAAAAUUCCAGCAUAAUUUACUCGUAUGUGUAGUAGGCUACAUACAUACCAUUAGUAACUACAAAAAAAAAGAAGUUGUCCAAAGAUGAAGGUUUAAUCAUUGGCCAACAAACGCCCGUUGUUCAAUGCAAAUUAUGUUCACUUCCUCAGGCGGCCGGUACGUCCCCAGGGCAGCGUUGGUUGACCUUGAGCCAGGGUCCAUUGAUUGGGUCAGGUCUGGUCGCUUCGGCACAAUCUUUCGUCCAGAUAAUUUUGUGUCUGGCAAAGGGGGUGCUGCUAACAAUUGGGCUAAAGGUCAGCAUUGUUGUGUGUCUCAUCCUUUAUUAUUAGCUGGUUACAGAUGGCUGGACUCUCACGUCUGCUGGGUAUGAAAUGUGUCAUGGGAAUUAGCGUGAUGUGGAAGGAUCAAAUGUCAUCUCAAUUCGACUAUUUUAAAAUCUUGGAAGUACAUCAACUCGUGUUCGGCACUUAAAUCUAGACAAUGACACAUCACCGAGAAGAAACUAUAAUAAUUAAACCCUUAAUCCAAACGGUACAGCCACUCAAAUCUGGUUGGAAGAUGGGAGGAAAAAAUGUAUAUAUUUUUUUCUUCUGAGUUUUUCAAAAUAUAGAUUUGUUUUCAGAAUGUUCGUCUAUAUGGGGUUAGGCAAGAAAAAUGAAUCCAUGACAUGUGUUCUUUCUUCCUUGUUCCUAUAAGCUCCUAUGCUCUACCUUCGUCGUUUAUCCCCCAGGUCAUUACACGGACGGCGCAGAGCUGGUAGACAAUAUUAUGGAGAUUGUUCGCAAGGAGUCCGAGCACUGCGACUGUCUGCAGGGCUUCCAGCUGACCCAUUCACUAGGCGGCGGCACUGGAUCCGGUCUUGGCACGCUCAUCAUCAGCAAGGUCCGCGAGGAAUAUCCGGACAGGAUCAUGUGCUCAUACUCGGUCGUUCCGUCCCCAAAAGUAAGAUUUUCACCUUUCUUACACUUGCCUAACUUAGUAUGGUAGAUUUUAGGAACCCGGUUAUAAGUGAUUGUGGUGGAUCAAGAAAAAUGCCUCGGAAUUUUUUUAAUUUUUUGUUUAAAAGGUGAGGUACAUAGCAAGGUGGGGAUGGUAUAGUUGAAUAGACUUUGAAAUUAAAAGCAAGUCUAGAAAACAAAAGGUAUAGAAAAAUCAAGUUAAUGUGUAGUAGUGUAGUAGCUAUGCAAUGUGCACGUUGAAAUAUGACAAUCAAUGUUCGUUGCUAAACAUUGUAAUACCACAUGAUAUUAUGUUGUGUUCGUAAAUGAAUGACCCACUGCCCUAAUGAAUUAUGAAUUUCCCACUACAUUGUUGACUUCCCCCGCUGUCCCUUUGAAUGUCCCACUACAUUGAUGAAUUCCUCACUGGCCUGAUGAAUGUAUCACUGCUUCGAAUCCGCCUGAGAUUAGAAUGUACUUAAUGUCUGAGCUAGUCUUUAAAUUAUCCAUCAAAUGAUUAUGUGAAUAUUUUUCAUUACUUUACUAAAUGACGAUCCACACUGGUCUGAUACCAAAUAAAUUGUCCAUCCAAGGUAUCUGAUACUGUAGUGGAGCCCUAUAACUGCACACUGGCUAUUCAUCUCCUUGUUGAAAACACUGAUGAGACCUACAUCAUCGAUAACGAGGCACUGUACGACAUCUGCUUCCACACACUCCGUCUGUCCACCCCAACCAACGGCGACCUGAACCACCUCGUGUCCGCCACCAUGUCCGGCAUCACGACUUGCCUGCGCUUCCCCGGCCAGCUGAACGCAGACCUCCGUAAACUAGCCGUCAACAUGGUUCCCUUCCCCCGUCUCCACUUCUUCAUGACCGGCUUCGCUCCCCUGACCUCCCGCGGCAGCCAGUGGUACAGGAACCUGACGGUGCCCGAGCUGACGCAGCAGAUGUUCGACGCCAAGAACAUGAUGGCCGCCUGCGAUCCCCGACACGGCCGCUACUUGACAGCGGCGACUGUGUUCAGGGGAAAGAUGUCCAUGAAGGAAGUGGACGAGCAGAUGUUGAACGUUCAAAACAAGAACAGCCGGUACUUCGUGGAGUGGAUUCCCAACAACGUCAAGACGGCCGUUUGUGACAUCCCACCCCGUGGCCUUAAGAUGUCCGCCAUAUUCAUGGGCAACAACACAGCGAUGCAGGAGCCCUUUAAACGGGUGGGUGAACAGUUUUCCGCCAUGUUCCGCAGACGGGCUUUCUUGCACUGGUACACAGGUAGGCAGAUACACACACACACAUAUAUAUAUUUUGUCAUUUAUAAAAUUGGUGGUAGGUAUCUCGUAAUGAGGUUAAGGUAGACAUACCCAUAGCCUUAUGGGUGCAAGAUAAAUCCGGAUGUUAAGUUUAAUGAGCAAACUCUAAAGGAUUUGUGUGAAAAGAUGCACCUGUUUAAAAACAACCUUGACUUUGGAUAACUUAACCUUCAAUGGUCGGUAGUAAAAUAAAGCACACAUUAAUAAUAUUUGAUAUCUAUAUCUAAGUUCAGCAUUAGUUUCGUUGAAGGUAUAAAUGCUACAAUUUCCCUGCUUUACAUAAUUGGCCAAUUUGUAAAAUAUUCAAAUAUAAAAACUAAAACUGUUCUGAAAACUUAAAACUAUACCCCUGCCAGGUGUAGCUAAGGACCAUUGAACUUCUCCCUGCAAGUUGUAGCUAAGGACAUUUGUUCAAAUUUAUAGAGUUUCAAAAGAUGAUCCACCAUUGAAUCACACCACUUGCAAUUUUAUCGUAAAACUUUAAAAUGGAAUCCCCCGUUUCCAAAGACGAUGUUGUAAUCUCGUUGGAAACCAGCGAAGCCUGAGUGUGGUGUUAUAAAACAUUUUAUGUCCAAUCAUCCGUUGCCGUAUUAACCCGUGGCAGGGCCCCUUGGCCUUGAGUUUCUUUGGGCUCCUUUAAAAAUAUGAAAUUUUACAUUACGCACCAAUGCCGUGGCAUUGCUAAAGGUUGCUUGGGACCCCUGCUCUUGGUGGUCCUAGGCUUUUAGCCUAGUCAGCUUUAUGGGUACUUCUGUCGUGCCAUCAGCUUAUUCCUCCACCUUCGCCAUGCGGCUGUUUGAAAAAAAAAUGUUUGUCCUUUUCUUGUAUACUGAAAUCAACAUGAGAUUCAUUUAAUAUCCCAACAGGUGAAGGCAUGGAUGAAAUGGAAUUCACCGAAGCCGAGUCCAACAUGAGCGACUUGGUGUCAGAGUACCAGCAGUAUGAAGAGGCAACAGUUGAGGACGGAAUCAACUUCUACGAGGAGGAGGAGGAGGAGGCGUAAUAAAGAAACCCUCUCGGAUGUCGUGUGGCAUCUUGACCUUUGCCCCCAGUGACCUAUGCCUAUCUCGUGGCUAUUGCUACCAACUGAUGUACAUCACAGAGCCACAGUUAACAUCAACAAAAAUAUAUAUUUUUAUAAAAGAAGAUAAUGAUUCAUAAGAAAUAACAAGCCAUCUGUUACAAUAUUGAAUAGAUUAACGUGGACCUGAACUAGCCCCCCCCCCCCCCCCCAAGAUUGAUCAGAAUAUAGUCUUCAGUGACUGCUUUUGCUAAGCACUUAACUGUCUUUCCAGAAUAUGUCCCUUAGCCAACGUGUUGCCAUUGAAUUAAGUAGUUUUAAGAAACCUGCAUGUGGGAUUUGAGGGGAGAAUUUUCUUUGCAUUUUUUACUUGAGAUUUCUGGUGCUACUAUUAGCAGAGCGAUAUCAAGACACACAUACAGCAUGACGUCUAAUGUCACGCAAUACCACAACAGGAUAACCGAGCCAUCAAAUCCAAUACCACAACAGGAUAACCGAGCCAUCAAAUCCAAUACCACCACAGGAUAACCGAGCCAUCAAAUCCAAUACCACAACAGGAUAACCGAGCCAUCAAAUCCAAUACCACAACAGGAUAACCGAGCCAUCAAAUCCAAUACCACAACAGGAUAACCGAGCCAUCAAAUCCAAUACCACCACAGGAUAACCGAGCACCUGAAUGACUCGAUCCCAUCAUGCAAGUGUUUUGUGCCUAGCUAAUAAAAACCAAAAUAAAUCACUUCCUGUCUGAAACCAACCAAUGUUUAGGAUUUUAUUGGUCAUCAUUUAUUUCUAUUCUUCAAAAUGUCUUGUCUAGUAUAAAAUCAAAUGAAGACCCAAUAAAAAAGAAAAUCAACAUCAUACUCAAAUGUUUUUACAAAUUUAUUGUCGUAAUAAAUCGG